AUGUCGCAUAAAAGGCCGCUAUGCCACGACGAUUACACGGUGGGAUGGAUUAGCGCCUUACCGAUCGAGCUCGCAGCAGCCCAGGCCCUCCUCGACGAAACACACCCAACUCUCCCUGUACCGCAAAACGACAACAACACAUACACACUCGGGAGAAUCGGCGAGCAUAAUAUCGUGAUAGCAUGUUUGCCGAGCGGGAUUUACGGCACGUCGUCCGCUACAGCUGUCGCCACGCAGUUGCUAUCCAGCUUUACGUCGAUCCGGUUCGGUCUUAUGGUCGGGAUUGGUGGCGGGGUACCCAACGAGGAUGCAGAUAUCAGGCUCGGGGAUGUCGUGGUCAGCAAACCAACGGAGACUCAUGGUGGAGUCGUGCAAUAUGAUUUUGGCAAAGCGACGAGGAGAUUUCGCGGGGGGUUUCUCAGGACUGGCAUGCUCAAUUCACCGCCGCAGGUGCUGUUAACGGCGCUUGCGAAGCUACAGGCAAAUCAUCUGACGGAAGACAUCCGCUUCGUGGAUUUCCUGCGGGAACUCGAGCAAAAGCGACCGGUCGGCCAGGAAUCUCCAUUCGCUCGACCGAAAGAGGAUGAUCGCCUAUACGCCGCAAAGUACGAGCACGCUGACCCCAGUUCCAAGGCAUGCAGUGCCUGCGACGCACGGAAUAUCGUCGCGCGAUCUCCUCGAACCAAUCCGGCCGCACCGGCCGUGCACUACGGACUCAUUGCGUCUGGAAACCAAGUGGUGAAGGAUGCGAGAGUCCGGGAGAAACUGAGCCGGCAGCUGGGGAUAUACUGUGUGGAGAUGGAGGCUGCAGGACUGAUGAAUAACUACCCCUGCCUGGUAGUGCGCGGAAUAUGCGACUAUGCCGACUCACACAAGAACAAAGCAUGGCAAGGAUAUGCGGCAGCAACAGCGGCAGCCUUUGCGAAAGAGCUUCUCUCGCUGGUGCCCGCGGGAUUUGCGAAGAAGGGGGCCGUUGCAGAGGACAUUUCAACAAAUUCCAGGUUUCGCGUUCAACUUGACCUACGAAAUGCACCGGCCAUUCAAGAAUUUAUCGGUCGAGAAGAGGAGCUGGAGACGCUAUGGGAUAGCCUUCGACCAGACUCUUCCCCCAUGCGGAAGGUUGGCGUGCUGCACGGGAUGGGGGGAAUGGGUAAGACUCAGCUCGCUAUCCGCUUUGCUCGAAUCCACAAAGAGAAUUUUAGUGCAAUCUUCUGGCUCAAUGCAAAAGAUCGAAGCACCUUGCGCCAGUCUCUAUCAUCCGCCUGGUCACAAAUUCCCGAGAGCGAAGAUGUCGCACGUACGCCAGCCCCAGUCCACGAAGGUCAGGCCCGCAUCACGAAUGACGAUGACGUUAAGCAAAGAGCAAAGAAUAUGCUGCACUGGCUUGCGACAGAAGGUAACACACAAUGGCUACUGAUUUUCGAUAACGUGGAUCAGUCCCAUGCGGCCGGGGGUGAAGCUCCAGUGCAAAAUAUAUACGACUUCUCCCCAACUACAGAUCAUGGCUCAGUUCUCGUAACCACGAGGCUCAUUCAGCUGGCUGAGCUUGGCAUUAGCCACCCCAUUCGAAAGCUGAAUACGGAGCAUGCCUGUCAGCUUCUUCUCCAAACUGCUGGUCACAACGAUCAUGGACGGAAACAGCAGGUUGAUUCAGAUGUAUACACACUGGUCAGUCAAUUGGACGGCCUACCGUUGGCACUUACAGUGGCAGGCUCCUAUAUUCGACAGUCAGGGAUCACCAUAUCUCAAUAUUUGCGUUAUUAUACGGAGUCAUGGCACGAGCUUAUGGAGCAAACCCCACAGCCACAAUGUUAUUUGCAGGGAAACCUUCUGACGACCUGGUCAGUGACCUUUACGCAGAUACAUAGGACGCAUCCAAGCUCCGCCGAGCUGUUGCUCCUACUCGCGGUCUUCGAUAAUCGUGACAUCUGGUUUGAGUUAGUCCGAAACUGUCGCCACGUCCCAGACACACCAAGCUGGUUCGUCGAAAGUUUUUCGAAUGGGCUGGCCUUUUUGGCUACAUUGAAGCCCCUAAUUGCGUUUUCGCUCGUAGAGACAAAGCAGGGGGGUGGGGCUUAUUCCAUCCACCCUGUCAUUCGGGAAUGGUGCCUUCACGCCCUCAGUGACAAUGACAAUGAUAACACCAAGAAAGCCGAUGUUUACAAGGCAAUGGCCCUAACUGCAAUCAGCUAUACCCCAGAAACUUCAGACGAAAUGGAGCAUUCCAACUUACAACAGCGACUGCUUCCACACGCUGAUCAGAUGGCCCAGCACCUACAGACGUGGAGGGUUCCCAGGGUGCUCGAAAUUUACAUGGCCAUUCAUGACCUGGCAUGUCUCUACCUCAGUCAAGGGAUAUUGAGACAGGCCCAGCAGCUUUAUGAACGAGCACUUGCGGGCAAAGAAGAGAUACUUGGGCCGGACCACAUAUCCACCCUCGAGACAGUGAGCAACCUCGGCAUUGUACACACAAAUCGCCGAAAUAUGGAGGCUGCUGGAAAGAUGUGCCAACGUGCCCUCCAGGGCCGGGAGAUCGCUUUGGGUCAAUGCCAUCCCUCUACACUACACUCGGUAAACGCCCUUGCAUUUUUCUAUAUGAAGCAGGGCAAUUUGUCCCGCGCAGAGGCCCUGUACAAGCGGGCAUUGACCGGCUUUGAAAAAGCCCUAGGUGUUGAUCACCCAUCGGCUUGGGACACCAUCAACAAUCUGGGGCUCCUUUAUACGAAGAAAAGGAAGCUAAAGCAGGCAGAAACUAUGUAUCGACAAGCCAUGUCCGGUUUUGAGAAAGCCUUUGGCCCUGACCAUACGUCAACACUGAUUCUUGUCUACAACCUUGGAAGGCUCUACCAAACGCAAGGGAGGCUAGCAAGCGCCCGUGAAAUGUACCAGCGGGCACUGGCCGGAUACGAAAAGGUCUUCGGGAAGCGGCACACGUCGACUACCAUGAUCGCCCAUUCUCUCUGCGAGCUCGCCGAAGCCCAAAAAGCUUCGAAGUAG